AUGAGACAAGGACUUAUAAAAGCCAAGCCUGGUAUUCUGGCACCGACCCUGAGCCGCAUCUCCGUCGCGCCACGCGCGACCGCGUUCACGUCAGCCCACCUAUCCACAAUCACCUCACAACCUUCGACGGGCGAAAACACCUCAAGCAUGGCGCAACACCAAGCGACAUCAUCACAAGACCCAACAGUCGCCAAUCAGAAACACAAGAAGACCAUGAAAGAGUUGGAUGAGGAACUGCGAUUGAAGCUUGAGGGUAUGUCGGGUGAAGGAGGCGCCGCCGGCGUUGAAUAUGAGAACGGAAAGGCGGAGGGUUUGAAGAGAGGGGUCAAGUCCAACAUGUUCCGGGUCAUUUAG